CGUCAAGGCCCCUGCACUCAAGCCUCCCAAAGGUCAGGGGUUGGUCCAGCCUGCACUCGGAAACCCUAACGGCUCGCGCGCAUCCGUACCUGGAGUUUAUCGGUCGCCUAUCCACUAGCCAGUGUCCCAGACACCUCCCAAAUCCCCACUACGCCGCAGUUGCUACAUCACUCUUGUGCACUGUUCAGGAGUCUGGCUCGACACAAGGGACUCUAUCUCAAACACAGGAGCAACAUCCUGGGCCGUGCCCAGCAAGCCAGUCCUUUUUCUUCUGGCUACCCGGCCUUCAACCUCGUUCUCCAGUAUACUCAAAAGAGCUCAGACCUCUUCUGUCAUCAGUCUUGCUGGUCAAGACCUUUGUUCUUACAGGUCUGCGCUCAACUAAUACCAACCACCUAAGGUUGUCAAAUACCUGUCGGAGGAUCCUGUCAAUUCACUUCAAAAGUCCUUCACUCUGAUAGCCCAGACAUUUCGAUAAGGGCUUUCAUCGAGUCCUUAUACUCCUGACUUGUCGCAUAUCAGUCUCUCUCUUCGACCUUUCUUCCAUCUCACCUGGACUUGAAGGGACACUGAAGUCGACAUCAAACCGACUGGACCAUUAGCAUACAGCAUGGCCUCCCAUCAUACCACAGCCCAGAAUCGGGCAGCAUUGGAAGAAUUCGUCCGACAGCCAGUCCGCUCGUACAUGGUCCAGCACUUGGCCAAGCAAGCCUCAGAAGUAAUUCGAUGUGAUCCUGAACCUUCACCAGCAGGCGCCCUUCCAACUCCUCCUUCGACCCCUCCUCAUCAUGCUUCUCCAGAGCUGGCCCAGCCACCGCUACCGACCCUUGAACAGUUCAUCAGCUCGCUGGUCCACAAGUCGUCCGUGCAAGUCCCAACCCUGAUGACCUCUCUGGUCUACCUCGCCCGCCUUCGAUCGAGGCUGCCACCCGUCGCGAAAGGCAUGCGAUGCACCGUCCACCGCAUCUUCCUGGCCUCUUUGAUUCUCGCAGCCAAGAACUUGAACGACUCUAGUCCAAAGAACAAGCACUGGGCGAGAUAUACUUCGGUGAAGGGAUUCGAGGGCUUUGGGUUUGGACUGGCAGAGGUAAACUUGAUGGAAAGACAAAUGCUAUAUCUCCUGGACUUCGACACGAACGUGAAGGAGCAGGAUCUUUUCGACCACUUCGAGCCGUUCCUUGCUCCUAUUCGGUUCCAACUCGAACUCCAACAAGAAGAAGCAGAGCUCGUCAGCUCUCACAGACACUGGCACUCUCACCAGCCUUCAUACGACUCCAACAUGUCCCUGCCACCUCCGCCGCGUAAGGAGCACAUUCUCCCCAGCAUGGCGACCCCGCCACCCAGAGCUGUUGGUGUGUACGAUUCUCCAGCAUCUUACAUGGAAGAGGAGGCUGCCAGUGGCAGAUACUCACGUCACAGAGCCAACAACAGCUCUCUGUCGUUACCUGCUCCAAGUCACCGACGCUGGCCUUCACCUUUCCGUCAUCACGUUCACGGCCGUUCUGUGUCUCCUCCUUCAAUCCGAGACCUUCCACCGCUUGUGCCUUCAAGCAGACCCGGAACCAUGCACAGCCAUUCCAGUUCGCGAUCCUCAUCUAUGGCACCCUCAUUGCGGUCUCGAUCCUCGUCCAUCGCACCCACCACGCGAGGCACUCCUUAUACCUGCUCAACCACCAUUGAAGACAGCGUCGUGGUUGUCGAUCUGACAGAAAGCCCAGACGCCUCGUACCACAGUGGAUAUGGUAAGGCCUUCGCCACGUCCCGACCUGGUCUCAAAGGCCACCAGACCAGCUUCCAAGGCGAGAGUCUGCAGCCGACAAAGAAAGUCAAGGCCGAUUCUACUGUGGGUGGCGUUAUUGGCAGAAUCUUCAGCUCCGCCACAAACAACUACCGGCUCGGAAGGACGCCCAUUCAAGCAGCUUAGAAGUCUGAGCGACUGGACGUCGAAAAUGAUCACAGAGACAUACGGCCACGAUAUUCGGACCGACAUGCCACACGAACGAAGUAAACAACCCAGGAGUUGACGACUAUCCGAGCUUUGACGAAAACCUGCCCUGCCCAAGAUCAGGGCAGUACUCCCACAGACACUCAUUGCGAUUUCUCAUUGCAUUUAAUGUACUCUUAUGCAUGGCGACGGCGUUAUAUUCUCGGAGACAGACUUGGCUACUUCCAAAGCCCUUGGAUCGUCGACCUUUUGCGGGACAGGAUGUUUCUUAUAAAACAAGAAACGUGGAAGGGCCUGUUGACUUUUCUUCCCAAUUUCAUACGUGUACAAAUAGAUUUAUCAAGCCUGCUAGCUCGAGUUAGAUGGCGAUGACACCAAGAUUGGACUGGAUUCAACGGGUCAUGAGCGCACUAUGCUGCGAGUGCUGGUGAUUGGAGAGAAGAGGGUCCAAGUGACAAGAUGCUAUGAUCAUGAUCAGAGAGAGAGAGGAUCAAUACCCACUAGGAGUAGUUAGAAAGUGGAUGAAAUAUCGCAUAGCAUAGCACGAGAAGAUGAUCUCAGAAACAUGAGAUCUAGCGAAAAUGAAUGAGAGAAUUGAUGACCCUCCAAAC